AUGGGUCUGUCUGAGAAUCUGAAGAAAAAUACAGUCGUUAUUCUGGACCAAUCUUUCCCAUUUGACCUCUCCGUUGGAAUUUUCAACACUCCUCUUUGGCUCGAAGACGGGAUCGAUUAUUUCUUCCUCAAGCUUGAAGAUUCCAUCGGCUCCACCGGCAUCGUUGAAAUCAAGGUCUCAAGGGCUGGUUGCGAAAGAGCUCUAGAAACUGACAAGGAUGUUUCUCAGCGACAAAGUCUCAAGGUCGUCCAAUCGAAUUUCAUCAUCAAGGAUUUGAGAGAAGAAGAAUUCGAAUCGGCAGUUGUUCAGUCGACAAAAUCGAUUUAUUCCGCUUUUAACGCUGUUGGAAACAUCAAAAAGGUUGAAUUCGUCGGUUUCAUCAAUACGACUUCUGAUGAAUUUUGUGAGGACUGCAUCAUUCUCGAUUAUGUUCUUUCUUUUUACGAGACGAAAAUUGCCGAAGCAGAUGGAGAUUUUGAUAAAUUACUGCAAACCGGCAUGGUUUCUGCUGCAGAGAUUUUGAGAGCACUUUCUGGAAAGAAAAUUUUUAUCAGCCAAACGAUCAAGCCCGAGGAUCAUCCAGAAGUCUCGAGAUUUAUUCAAGCUCUCUUUGCCAUCGCGAUUUUGCAAGUUCUUUACCUUGUGAAGGUUCUUUUUCUCGCCACUCCUUCGAAAACUGUCGUCUGGAAAGCAACUGUAGCAGUGAUAACAGCGCUGACAACUGUCCAGAUUUAUUUUGAAGGAGAGACGUUUUUGAACUACUUGAGCGGGGAAGGAUUGAUGUUUAGCCCGGAUCCGAUGGUGGUUGGAUUUAUGGCUUAUUUACCAGUUGUGCUGACGAUUAUUUUGGCUCUCAGGGUUUAUUUCGUCGUCAAAUUUAAAAGAGAGUGGAACAUCGACGAAAUCGACAAGUUAUACCCUGCACAAACAGUCAUUCUCCUCCUCAACCUUCUUUUUCAUGAUGUCCCGGAACUUGUUGUCCUGUAUUUUUUCUACACUCGCUACAAACCUCAAUCAUUCGACUUGCGAAUCAGCGCCCUCAUUCCUCAAGCAAUCGCUCCCUUCGCCGCCUUUCUCGUCACUGCCCUUCAAAUCAAAGACCUUAUUCAAUAUCAAAAAAGCUUCAAGCUGAGUAAGACCAAACUCCUCGUGAAUCUCACGCUCUUGCCGAUUAUUCUCGUGACUCCAUGCCUCAAAUCUGCUGUGCUUAUUUCCACCCUAUUCACUCAACUAAUGACUUUUACGACUGGAGCUACUUUCGACCCGAAACAGCAGAUUUUGCACGGAAUUGAUUUCAACUCGAUGAAUGUUUCAAAAAUUCAAAAUGAAUAUGAUGAACAGGUCAUUCAAGGCUUGGAGAAAUCCGUUAUCAAAGAAAUGUUUAAGCCCAGGCAAACCAACUGCGUCGAAAUCUCCCUCAAUUUCCUCGGAAAAACUGAUUUUGUUGAAAUCAUAAGUCGCCCAGAUCCAUUCAAAGAAAACUGCAUCAACGAUCUAGAAUGGGCGUUUCUCCUUGUUGUCCCCAUGUUCAUUUUCGGAAUCAUUUCGCUGCUGACUUUGGUGAUAAUUAUAUCCGCUCAAUUUGAUUUGAAAAUUAUGAAGAAGUUCAAUUAUGCUCAAAAACUCAAGGAUUCGUUGGGACUUCAUUCUUUAAUUGCCGAAAGAAUUACAAACAUGGACGAUCUCCUUAACAAUUUAUCAUCAGAAAUAAAUGACGAUUGGGCGGAAGAUCCUUUAAUCAAAGACCUGGUAAAAGAAGACCUAAUUUCUGAUGAGACUUUGGUUAACAAUGUUGAUCGCUUUAGGCUCAUCGUAGCAAAAAUCUAUUUGACCAACCCAAAAAGAUUUUAUCACAUUGUUUAA